UGAAGCCAGAGGUCACGUGCACCAGGUCCAGCCUAGCCACUUCGGGGGGGGAGGGUCCAAAUCUCAGCUCUUCUUGUAGUGCAACCCUGGACAAGUCACCACACCUCUCUAGGUUUCAGUUUUUCCAUCCAUGAAUGGAGAUGACAUCAGCUAUCUAACCAGGGUUGCGGUUAGGAUUAAAGCCCAUACAUGCAGUGUUUGAUAUGGUGCUGGUACAUAAUUGCAUCACUGAAUGGUAAUUGCUCUCACCCUUGGGAAGUCUGGCCCCAGCUCUGGGAACAGAGAGAGAGAAGAGGAGACGGAGAGGUUUGGGGGAGUGGCCCCAGUUGGCCUGGGGAAGUGAAAACGAGCAUCUUGUGUUUCUCCACAGGGGCAGCUUACUGCCAGUUCAUGGACAUGCUCUUCCCUGGCUGUGUGCACUUGAGGAAGGUGAAGUUCCAGGCCAAGCUGGAGCAUGAGUAUAUUCACAACUUCAAGGUGCUGCAAGCAGCAUUCAAGAAGAUGGGUGUUGAUAAAAUCAUUCCUGUAGAAAAAUUAGUGAAAGGAAAAUUCCAAGAUAAUUUUGAGUUUAUUCAGUGGUUUAAGAAAUUCUUUGACGCAAACUAUGAUGGAAAGGAUUACAACCCUCUGCUGGCGCGGCAGGGCCAGGACGUAGCACCACCUCCUAAUCCAGGUGAUCAGAUCUUCAACAAAUCCAAGAAACUCAUUGGCACAGCAGUUCCACAGAGGACGUCCCCCACAGGCCCCAAAAAUAUGCAGACCUCCGGCCGGCUGAGCAACGUGGCUCCACCCUGCAUCCUCCGGAAGAAUCCUCCAUCAGCCCGAAAUGGUGGCCAUGAGACCGAUGCCCAGAUUCUUGAACUCAACCAGCAGCUAUUGGAUUUGAAGCUGACAGUGGAUGGGCUGGAGAAGGAGCGCGACUUCUACUUCAGCAAACUCCGGGACAUUGAGCUCAUCUGCCAGGAGCACGAAAGCGAGAACAGCCCUGUCAUCUCGGGCAUCAUCAGCAUUCUCUAUGCCACCGAGGAAGGAUUUGCACCCCCGGAGGACGAUGAGAUCGAGGAACACCAACAGGAAGACCAGGACGAGUACUGAGGGCGGCUCCAGCCCUGGCUGACUGCACGGUUGCCGUGCCCCUCACCCCGCUCCCAUGCCCACAUUAUAAUCCUUCCCUGACAGCCAGCUGGCCGGGUGCUUUGUGUCAGUGCCGUGGCCCUGGGGAGCCUGGCGAGCAGGGCUUGGGGGGUGGGGGGCAGGUGAGCAGGUAGAGGCCCCUCCUCCUGUGGCAGAGGCCCAGUUGGGCAGGAUCCCUGCCCACUCCCCACCCCUAUUUAUUUCCAUGGUCUCUGUGCUGUGUCGGCCAACACUUCCCAGGGGGCUGCUGCCACCCACCCCAGCCAGCCGCCUGCUCCCCUGACAGCCAGCAGCUGUAUAUUUGACAAAGUCAUUGGUAUAUUUUUACUUACUGGAUUUUCCUUGCACUUUACCUGUUCUUUUCCCAGGGCUGACAGCACGGGCUCUGGGGCAGCGUGUCUGGCUUGGCCUCCCUUCCCCGUUGCCAGGGCUGUGGCAGGACUCACCGAUUCUUAUUUAUUUUGUCUUUUGACUUCCCAGUAGUUGAGGGAAAGGCUGAUGUCAGGAGAGGGAUAGGGUGACUGGGGAGGGGGUGCCUUAGGCCCCGGUGGUCAGGGAGAGUGAGGGGAGCACGUGAGGGAUGAAAAUGACCUCCUGGCACCAGGCUUGCCCACCCUCGGCCCCCUGACCCCAGCACCGAAGCCCAGCACUGCCCCGAGGCCCCCAGCCACUCCCCCUGCAGCUUGGUUCAUACCACACAUUCUCUGCCUGGACCCUCCUGUACGUCUGCCUCCCCUCUGCCCGCCUCCCCAACCCCUGCCCCUCGGGCCACCCAGCCUGCAUACGUGUUCACUUUUAUUUAAAUAAACUUGUGUGGUAAAAGUC